CUAAUAUAUUUUGAAAGAGGAGAGUAUGUUUUCUGAUGAUUCUGUUGGCGUUAAAGAAGAGUAUAUUGUAGUACCGUCUAGCCUCUGCGGUCUUCACAGUUUUCGCGCAACUGAUAGGAGAUAACAACAUGGUGUCUUCGGCAAAGUUGUAGCACUCGAGGUCUUCUAUAACAUUGCUGAAGACAUCUAUCUCUUAUCUCUUAUCAGUUGCGCGCAAAUCGCGCACAUAAAAAAGCAAAUUUUAUAUAGAACUUUUUUUUUCUUAUCAUUUUUCGCGCUUUCCGCGGAACUAAUAAGAGAUAAGAGAUAACUGACUUCAGCAAUGUUAUAGAAGACCUUGAGUGCUACAACUUUGCCGAAGACACCAAGUUGUUAUCUCUUAUCAGUUCCGCGGAAACCGUGGAAAACCGCGAGGACCCGCCAAAAAUGAACAUACUCGCCUUUAACCAUUUUUGAGUCGAAAGAAACUUACUCUUCUCUUUCAUAACAAAGUCAGAUGAACUUACUCUCCUCUCGAUCUAGUCAAUAGAUACAAAGUUCCAUUUUCGUUGUGGUAGCAUGUUUUUCUAGAUUUUUCGUACAAAAAUCAUUUAAACUGUGUGACGAUCGAUAGCUAUACAUACAAAGACGCGAUACAAGCAAGCUAGUUUUUUUAAUAAACAGAACCAAACAGCAUUAAAAAGAAACCAUGGCCGAUCACGACAUUACAAAAAUGAAGGUGGCAGUUCUGAAGCGUGUACUUAAAAUUCGUCGUUUGAAAAUGACUGGCAACAAAAAUGACCUGCUUGAACGACUUGCAUCGGCUUUGAUUAAUCAUAGAAAAAAUGAUGAAUAUACCAAAUUUCAAGUUGCCUUCAAUUACUCCUACCACUCGGAUCCACAAACAGUAAAUUACAGCAAACGAAUUGUGCGACCUCAGCAACCACUAUUGUCGGAAAUGAAUGAAAAAUGCGAUUCAAUUGGCGCAAUUUCAAACACACCAACAGCUGAUGUUGAUAUCACACAGACAAUCAAAUUGAAUCCGUCUAAAUCAGGGAAGAUCAUUGACUACUAUAUAGAAAAGAGAGAAACCGCCGAAAAAUCCGGACAGAAUAAUGAUAAAGAAUAUUAUGAUAAAUUACUUCUGGAUUUAGAGACAAGAAAAUUCAAAAUACAAGCAGAUGUAGAGAAAUUCAAAAUACAAGUAGAGGCAAUAAAAUCAUUGCAUGGAACCGCUGAAGAAUUGGCCAAAGCAUUGAAGAUUUUGAAAGAUUAACACUAUGAUUGUUCUUGGGGCACCCAGGGCCCGCAGCGAACUUUAAAGUUGAAUAAAAGUACUAAGCAGUGUAUAAACCAACCGGAGUUAAGUCGCAUUGUAUAGAUUGAACAUUUCUCUACACGAAUGAAAAAAAACAUAUACAUAUGUGUGCACACAGAAAUAAAAUGUGGUAGGUUUGUGCUAUCUAUUGGUGAAGAUUAUGAUUACCACAAGUCUUAGAAAAGUUACCCCACGCACCAAACUAUUACUAUGCACAGAACACAUGCAUUUUUCGGUUGGAAAAUUUUCGGAAAAGCGCUAUUGUGGGAAAUUGGGAAAUCGGGGAAUGUUCAGACCAGUCUCAAUCGAUCGGGCGGAAAAUUUCAUGUGAGGUACCGACCCGAGGGGCGAUUUUCAAGCGAAAAAACCAUCCAUUCCUGAGAUAAAUGAAAAAAUUCGGAAAUAUCGGAAGUUUAAAUUAUAAAAGCAAAUUAUAGUACUCGACCAGAGCUACAACUUUGCUUUAGACACCAUCUCGUUAUCUUUUAUCAGUUCCGUGAAAAAUGAUAAGGAAAAAACGCGUUUUUUCGCGGUUUUCUGCGGUUUCUCGCGUAUUCCGCGAAACUGAUAAAAGAUAACGACUUGGUAUCUUCGGCAAAGUUGUAGAACAGCUUGAGUACUACAACUUCACCAUAGACAUCAAGUCGUUAUCUCUUAUCAGUUACGCAAAAAAACGCGAAAACGCGAGUUCUUGAUAAUCAUUUUUCGCGAAACUGAUAAGAGAUAACGACUUGGUGUCUGUGGCAAAGUUGUAGUACUCGACCUGCUCUACAUUUCUGUCGAAGAGGCAAGUCUCUUACUUCUUAUCGGCUUCACUAAAACGAGGUGGGAAAAUUUCGCGAUUUUCGCGUUUUUUCGCGUUUUUCGCGGAACUGAUAAGAGAUAAGCAAUAUUUGUUGCAACAAAAUCAUAGCAAACCUCGAGUAUUACAACUUUGCUUCAGACACUAAUUUGUUAUCUCUUAUAACAGUCCAGAUUUCAUAUGAAAUACAUAUGGGGCCCUGGAGUCCCCCAAGAACAGUAAUAUGUUGCAAAUAUGAAGAACAGUCAUAGUGUUAAUCAUACAAAUUUAUAUUUGGAUUGUAUUGUAAAAAUGACUCAGAUGUUAGAAGAAUUGAAAUAUUAAAUCGAUACUUUUCUUACUCAUUGACGAAAAAAAUGUUUUUGUUUUUUAUUUUUGAAGGCUACGACUUGUCAUGGAAUCCAAAUUUGGAUGGACUUUCGCUUUCUUGUUUUUAUUUUGGAUAUUACCGCAACACCGAAAGAGCAUCGUGUUGUCGACGCUAAGAAUAUCUUCACCGGUCAUACAGCGGUUGUUGAGGACGUUGCAUGGCAUUUACUGCACGAAUCACUAUUCGGAUCAGUUGCCGACGAUCAGCGCCUCAUGAUUUGGGACACACGUUGCAACAACACAUCGAAGCCAUCACACACCGUCGACGCUCACAUUGCUGAAGUGAAUUGCUUGAGCUUCAAUCCAUACUCGGAAUUCAUUCUGGCCACUGGGUCAGCCGAUAA